AUGCUAAGAACACAGGCUGCUAGAUUGAUCUGUAACUCCCGUGUCGUUACCGCUAAGAGAACUUUUGCUUUAGCUGCUCGUUCCAUCAAUAAUGGUGCAAUGGGCAAUGCUGCUCAAUCCGUCGCUGCUAAGAAAUUCUUAACUCCUAUGAUCGCUACUAGAGGUUUGAAGCAAAUCAACUUUGGUGGUACCGUUGAGACUGUCUAUGAAAGGGCUGACUGGCCAAAGGAAAAGUUAUUGAACUACUUCAAGAACGACACCUUCGCUUUAAUCGGUUACGGUUCUCAAGGUUAUGGUCAAGGUUUGAACUUGAGAGACAACGGUUUAAACGUCAUUAUUGGUGUUAGAAAGAAUGGUGCCUCUUGGAAGGCCGCUGUCGAAGAUGGUUGGGUCCCAGGCGAGAACUUAUUCGAAGUCGAAGAAGCCAUCAAGAAGGGUAACUACGUAAUGAACUUGUUAUCCGAUGCCGCUCAAUCAGAAACUUGGAACACUGUUAAAUCGUUAUUGACCAAGGACAAGACUUUAUACUUCUCUCAUGGGUUUUCUCCAGUUUUCAAGGAUUUGACUCAUGUUGAACCACCAAAGGAUAUCGAUGUCAUCUUAGUCGCUCCAAAGGGCUCCGGUAGAACCGUUAGAUCUUUAUUCAAAGAAGGUCGUGGUAUUAACUCCUCCUACGCUGUCUGGAAUGACGUUUCCGGAAAGGCCAAUGAAAAAGCUCAAGCGUUAGCUGUUGCCAUCGGUUCUGGUUAUGUUUAUAAGACUACUUUUGAAAGAGAAGUCACUUCCGAUUUAUACGGUGAAAGAGGUUGUUUAAUGGGUGGUAUCCAUGGUAUGUUCUUAGCCCAAUACGAGGUUCUAAGAGAAAACGGCCAUUCUCCAUCUGAAGCUUUCAACGAAACCGUCGAAGAAGCUACACAAUCUCUAUACCCAUUAAUCGGUAAAUACGGUAUGGACUACAUGUACGAUGCCUGUUCCACUACUGCCAGAAGAGGUGCUUUAGAUUGGUACCCAAUUUUCAAGGAUGCUUUGAAACCAGUCUUUGAAGACUUGUACGAAUCCACCAAGAACGGUUCCGAAACCAAGAGAUCUUUGGAAUUCAACUCUCAACCAGACUACAGAGAGAAAUUAGAAGGCGAAUUGCAAACCAUUAGAAAUAUGGAAAUCUGGAAGGUCGGUAAAGAAGUUAGAAAGCUAAGACCAGAAAACAACUAG